UUCAUCUGUGACCCGUGACUCAUGUUUUGGCAUUUACGUUUCUGCCAAAUAAGGCCUCAAUGCAUAGCAUGGUUUCAUAGCCUCCUGCCAAAUAGUGCCCCUUCUUCUUUAAUUAUAUACACAGCUCAUUCGACACACAAAGUGAAAACACCCAAUACAUCUCUGACCUCUCACAUUGCAAUUUGCAACCAUAGAAAAAUAAGUAAAACAUUAAAAUUCCUUUGAAUCCUUUUAUCUGGCUUUCCUCCCCUUUUUCUUCCUCCAUAGCAAAAUCUAGAGCUAAAGAAAAUUACAUUAAUCCUCUCAGAUGAGUUCUUCUACUAUUUUCUUGCUCUUUCUUCUCACAGUUGCAUUUCCUCGCCAAAACCUUAAUUUUCUCAUCCAAGCUGACUCAACCCUGAUCCAGAACACAUGCAAAAACACCAAAUACUAUGGCCUUUGCGUCUCAUCCCUCAAAUCUGUUCCCACAAGCAUAAAUGCAGACACAAAGGGGUUGGCAGUUAUUAUGGUUGGGAUUGGAAUGGCAAACGCAACUGCCACCUCAUCGUACUUGUCCUCUCAGGUAAUCAGCUCAAGCAUCAAUGACACAAAAUUGAAGAAGGUCCUCAAGGAGUGUGCCGACAAGUUCGGCUACGUCGGUGAUGCCCUUCAAGCUUCAGUGCAGGAUUUAGGUUCAGAGUCUUAUGAUUAUGCUUACAUGCACAUCACUGCAGCAGCAGACUACCCAAGUGCCUGCCACAAUGCUUUCAAAAGGUACCCAGGUUUGGCUUAUCCUCCUGAACUUGCAAGAAGAGAGAAGGGAUUGAAGCAUAUUUGUGAUGUGGCUCUGGGAAUUAUUGAUAAUUUUGGCUGGUAACUGUUUAUUUCCUACUAGGGUGCUCAAUAAUGCAAGUUUAUUAGAUUAUUAGGAAAGAAAAGAAAAAUUCUUUGUUUUUCCGAGUCAUUGUGUGGUCUAAACCAUUAAUUCUGUUGCAAUGCAUGUCCUAAACAUAUAUGCGGUUAUUUAUUCAGA